AGAGAAAGAUGGCGGGGCAUCAACGAUGAUGUUAGAAUCUUAGUCCCACCUUGUUCCUACCAAGAACAACAGGUCUGUUUACAAUAAUAUUGUUGAUUAUAUUUUUCGCUGCAACGAGUCGACUCUUGUGCUUUUUCUUCUAUGUUUUUCGUCCAAUUUAAACUCUACUUUCUUUUCUCCUAUCAUGAUUCAUGUUUUAGUGAAUGAUAGAGACGAUUCCCCGUAACAAGUAGAAAUUGAGCGUAUGCGUAUUUUCUAUUUCUUUGUUUGGUGCUGUUCGUUGUUCAACGGUGCCAAAAUCAACCUCUACUGCAAUGUGUCAUCAAGCAGCAGUAGAGGUUGAUUUUGGCACCAUGAAAAAAAGGAAUUAACAUGUAGAAGUAAGUAGACGUAUCUAUACGUAUUAAGCUUAUGCUUAUAGGUGUAAUAAAAACACAUUAGAAGUGACCCUCAAUUAUAUUCACUUGUUCUGAGUUCUAGGCUCUGAUAGAUGUUUUUACUCUUCUGAAAAGACAAUCUGGCCUUUGGUCUUCCACGGUCCAUCUUAUCAUUAUGCUAUGUCUCGAGAUUUAGUUUUGGACUAGCGGAGAUCCUUUGAUGCCGCAAUAAUGCUCACCUCAUAUUAUUCACUCUAAAAUCGUACGGUCAACAUCAGACUGGUCUCAAAUAGAAUGAGUUAGUUAUCAUCAGCAUUCAUUUAGAUACAGUGAUUCAUGAGAACUACAUAGUCAUUCAUAUCCUAUCAUAUCAUAUCUCUUCAUGAUUUCCAACUAGAAAGCUUUACGACCAUAAAAAUGUUUUCUCGUAAGUGGUGGGGUGGUGGUGGCGGUAGUGCGACGACCGACGAAGUCACUACCUUGCGUGGGCGUUCCAGAACGGCGAAGGAUGUGGAUCUUAAACGGAGAAGCGCAUCUGCAGAUUCGGCUGGAAAUCGGAGGAGAGGAGUCGGAAGUAGCGUCGCUUCUGGGAGUUCUGGAGGACCUUCAGAUCGACAUGCUGUUGUUGGAGGAGGAGUAAUAGGAAGCGGAGCUGCGCUGGCAGGUGGUGGCAAGUACGGAGUCCCCGAAGCUGACGUAAUCGGCUCACCUUCAAACAGAAAUUACCACGAGGAACAACACGCGCAUCAUGUGAAUAUUGUUCACAAUUUGAGCCCAAUGCCGAUUCCAUAUGGAGACCAUGCUCGAGUAGACGAGUUUGGCGUUGCUGAAAAUCGGAGAGCAGGUGUUUUGCCUGGAACAGCGUUGGAAGGUAUCGCAAGAAUACCUACGAUAGGAGUUGUCGAUCGACAGCUUGUGGUAAAUGCUCAACAACAACAACAACAACAACCGGUAGGACUUCCCGAUAUUGAUACGCAUCAGGGGACAUCUCCAGAAGACGCUUUUCCGACAACUUUCGUUCAACAGCAAGGCAUGCCGUCAAAUAAUACUUUAGGACCAAGCGCAAAUCAUGGUAACGCAAGCUACAACACUGGGAACAAUAGUAUGAUGACUUCCAAUUCCUCUUUCAAUGCUGCGCUAUUGCCGACUAGUUUUUCUUCGAGCACUACUUGUACGAUGCCUGAAGUUCUUGUCCAGGAAACCGAAACGCAAUAUCGCAUCGUUCUGAGCUGUUUUAAAGUCGAAGUAAGCGGCUGGAGCGUGAAACACGUGAACAAGAAGGAUUUUCAUCCGGAAUACAGGUUGAAGGUGAUGUUCGACUUACCCCGUGCCCGGUCCCUGCUUUGGGAGCACUAUUACCGCUGCCUGAUUCUGAAAAGCCCAUCCGCCUCACCCGAAAUCGCUAUUGCCAGACCUCGACGAGAGCAUAGACUUUUGAACCAUCAUCGAGAGCAUAGACAAGACCCGUUUUUACAGGACGUUUUGAAACAAGAAAUACUAGAAUCCUCAAAGAGUCGCCUCCUGGACAACAACCAUGGUCCCCGCAUCUCUAACGCUGAGCUCGAAGACGAUACAACCACAACUACGGCAAGUGGCAACUACCACGCAAGUGGUCCCGCUCAUACCACAAGUUUUGCCUCGAUGAACAACUUCGCACUUCAGGAAACUAUGAGGGAUAUUCUUAACCAACAGAACAAUCCCAGUAGUGCUGCAAGCUAUGCAGCUGCUGAAGCUAGUGCACAAGCACAACACCAUCCACAAUCUUCACAAUUCUUGUCUUCAAGCUACAACAACCAUCACAUGAGUAUUCAACACCUGCAAGGUGGAAACAGUUUUACUGACUUCGCUUCCCUUGACGUGGAUCUGGACUUAGGCCUCAUUGAAGUGUUGGAGCGCGAAACAUCUCCUAGGCACGCAAAUGCUCCUAUUUUCUCCGCGAAACCUUGUGCUCGGAGUAAUUCCACGACGCCAAGGUCGAAUCAGGGGAGCGGGAGCUACAAAAUCAAGGUGUGUCCCAGUGGAGGAGAAGCCAUGGAAGUCAGCUCAAACGGUGCAGAGUCAACAAGAACAUCAUACUCCGGAACCGAGCUAGAUCCAACGACUGCGCAUCUACCAGGCUCAACAUUGCAUUGCCAGUUCCCUACUCGGUCGUCGAGCAACGCAUCCAUGACAAGCAAUUACAUGAAGCAUCAUAACUACAAUGGAGGUAGUAACGGAGGUGGUGGUGGAGUGAAUAAUAGUAUUGGCGCCGCUGCUCUAUCCCCAGGUGAAACGUCGAUCAGUCUGAAUUCUUACGCUGGGCUCAGGUCGCACAGCUCUUCUCCUACCAACGCUACUAGUCCCGCUCUUCUACAGGGCGUUGCUUUAGGAGUACCCCCAACAUCAGGACCACACAGUAAUAAAGCCGGUAUUGAACCGACACCGAUCCACCUUCUGCGUGCUCUGAGGAUUAGCGAACAAGACUUCACGGCGCAGAGGCAAAUAUUGAGGUCUGAUGCGGAUUUUGCAGUCUUUUUCAGCGAUCUAGGGGUUUGUGAUAUGCCGGAACGGAAACGAACUCUAAAAACUCUGGACCCUAUGUGGAUGGAUCGAUGGUGCACGACUCUACAAGAUGCGACUAUGGGGGGGUUGAUUACCAGAAGCGACUCAGGGUGUAGUGCUGGAAACGGAACCGGAAGUGGAAAUUCUAGCGUGAUGGGUGGCGGAACAUCUGGUAGUGUAGGUGGAAACUAUAACCAAUCACAACAGCUUCAGUCAAGUCAUUUACUUCUAGGUGGUGGUGGUGGUACAAUUAGUAGUGAAAACAACGCCUCUUCUAAUGACCUACUUCAGCAGCAGCAGUCCACUCCCAAUACUAGCAAUUACCUCUUUGGUUACUUGACUGCUACCGCUUCAUCAAGGAGUCCGAAUACAUAUGGAGGAUCUUCUGGGGGUAGCGGCGGUGGUUAUUGCAAUGACCAAAAUACCCCUCAAUAUCCCAAGCUUGACAAGCAUGCUCUAGCAGCGCGUCAACAGGAGCUAGCGAGUGGUAUAGCGCCGUGUAUGACGACCUCUCCACCCGCCACUAUGGAUCGCUGCCUUGCUUUCUUAGGUGUGAAGAGACGGCGUCGGAGUUCAUCACCUGGCGUGUAAGUCGUUAUGAUCCCAUCUGUAGACGAUCUACUUAAAUGCGUGCGAAGACGUAGCUGCUAGUAAUGAUAAUGAAAUAAGUAGUGCCGCGAAGCUGCACCACUAGAAGAAUUUUUUGCUAAGUAACAUGAUUACACUCUCUUUGCUUACAUAUCCCAUUCCCAUAACAACAACCUAAGUCUCUCGCCUGCAGUCUUGUUAGAGCGAGCAUCAUACAGACGCGCACAUACUUACCGUUCGCGCAUCAAUGAAUAUUGGUCACUCUGAAGUUAAUCAAUUUCCAUCUCGUCUUUUUAGUCGAUAUUCCGAAAUCAAAAGAAAUCGAUACAGAGUAGUAAGUAAGCAGAUUGCUACUGGUCGUCGAGACAUUAUGCCUUAAUAAUGAUGAUGAUGUUGUCUACUAUAAAUUUUUAGAGUUGUUCACUUCUUAUUUUUUAUAGCUUUGAGGAGCUUGAUGUACCUUCUAAUCAUGCUCACAGCUCACUUCUAGAACUAGAUCUUACCUUUUUGUGAAUCAUGUUGAAAGAACUGCACCUCAAUAAAAUGCAUUGAAUGCGCUUACCGUUACCUCUUCGUACGACUUGUUUAGAAGAAGAAGGGAUAUUGCAGCAAGAUCGUCCGUCUACCUGCGAAUACCUGUUAUCAGUUAGAGAACAUCACACCAACAUAGAUACGCAAAUGCAUGAUAAGAGAUCGUACUUCGUGGACAAAUGAACUGUUAUUUUUUGCAUCAACUAUCUACCCUGCCUUGUUUGUACCAAGAAGAUGGUGGCUCACAUGGGAC